GCUUCGCCAAGGUUGCCUGCGAGUGGAGCAGCCGGAGCAGCAAGCGCGCGAGCCGACGUGGCGAGUGCCGUCAGUGCCGUCGUCGCUUCGGUGCCGCCGCGUUUAUCGCACGUCGAGGUCUCCGCUACCGCCAAGGUUGAAGUCGGCGUUCAACACCUGCGGCAUCUUACGCCUACAGGCCUGCGAACGCCGUUAUGCGUGGCGCGGCAGCUGCCAGCCCCGACAGCGGCGGCAGAAGCGGUCGGCGGCACGUCGUCGUCGCCGACAGGACUCGCGUCUGACAUACGCCGACGUCGUUGGUUUCGUUCCCGGGCCGCCGCUCUCGGCUUUUGCCAGGAUGGCCGCGGACGCGUCCCACACCGGCGAGAUCGUCAAAGUCGUGCUCCUCUGCGUGAUCUGGUACGGCAUCAGCUCGGGCAACAACGUCGUCGGCAAGGUGGUGCUCAACAACUUUCCCUACCCGCUGACAGUGACUAUGGUCCAGCUGUUCUCCAUCACGGUGUACUCUGGACCCGCGUUUGCGUUGUGGGGCAUCAGGCCCUACCUGGACCUCGAGUGGGGCACGUACAUGCGGUGCAUCGUGCCACUAGCGUGCGGCAAGUUCUUUAGCUCCCUCACGUCGCACGUCAGCCUGUGGAAGGUGCCGGUCUCCUACGCGCACACAGUGAAAGCCACCAUGCCUCUGUUCACUGUAGUAUUGUCUAGGAUCAUUCUGAAGGAAAAGCAGACAUGGACGGUCUAUGCAUCAUUGCUGCCCAUUAUCUUUGGGGUCAUGGUUGCAACUAUGACAGAGAUUUCCUUCGACAUGACUGGCCUGAUCAGCGCCUUGAUAUCCACCAUUGGCUUCUCGCUGCAAAACAUAUACACAAAAAAGGUGAUACGAGACACCAAUGUUCACUACCUGCGCCUGCUGCAUACAUUUGCGAGGCUGGCGCUCAUGUUUUUCAUCCCGGUGUGGCUUCUCUUCGAUGCGCGUCGUUUUAGCAAGGACACUUCGUUGUUCAAGCAGUCUGACGGCUUUACGGUGUUGCUGUUACUCUUCCUGGAUGGGGCACUCAACUUUGCUCAAAACCUGGUUGCGUUCACGGUGCUCAACAUGGUUUCACCACUUACUUACUCCGUCUGCAAUGCGACAAAGCGGAUUUCGGUCAUCACCGUGUCCCUGCUCAUGCUGCACAACCCCGUCACACCCCUCAACGUAUUUGGCAUGCUCACUGCAGUGCUUGGUGUCCUCUGCUACAACAAGGCAAAGUAUGAUGCAAACAAAGCAGCCCGGAAGGCUCUGCCCGUGUCAUCUCAAGACUUGAAUCCACUGAUUAGGACUGCCGACCAGCACAAGCCCAUCAACGGCAUGAAUGGCGCUGCGCUUCACCUUCUUAGCCCUUACAACGAGAAGCUCAUGGGUCUUUGACAAGGGGCCCUAGCUAGACCAUGCAAUGAACAGAGUGCUUACUUGUGUCAGCAAAAAGAUACAGGGACCGAGAAAUUCUAGGAUGUGUGUCCACUGUCUGAACUAAAGUGACUUGCAUGUUCGUGUGGUGACUGCCUGGAGGAAGAGAUUCUCGUUGAACUUCUGCUUUUCAUAGCAGACGCUGCACAACUUGACCUGUGUUUGCCCUGAAGGUCCAAGACAGGUUUUUCAAACGUCGGCUCAAAGUGUAACUACUUUUUGUUUGCCUUUUUAUGCUUGUGAUUUCCUGUACCGUGUAGGUACAUACAACCGACUUUGGUUAGGUAAGUGUUAUUGCGAAUUGGUAGCGCCGCUAAAUCCCCAGAUGGUCCUUUGUUGCUUGAAACUGGAAACAGGAUCCCUACCUUGUGUUGUGAUAUGUAGGACAGUCCUAGAGAAGUUACUUUACUUUCUAUUAUUUGUUGGUGUUGAGUAGAGAGCUUUUGGCUAGAUCUUGUUGACAAAGACUUUAAUAUAAAGGUUUUUGUUUUUUUUCCAGUGUUGCAUGACUACUGUACUAAUCGCACAUUCAGAAAUCACCCUCACGUGGUUGUUACAGCUGUUUGGACAAGUACAUGCUGAAUCAUGAAUCUGUUGUCUUGCGUGAAUGAGGAACUGGUGCAAAUGGAGGCAGGGUGAACAUGUAAUGUUAGAAGGAAAACUCAUUCUGCCCUGCUUUAUUGCUUUGUAAGUUUGUUCACAAGUAACCUGGAUCAAGUGGUCUGUUUUCUAUUUUUAUAGGCCUAUUUUGUGAAAGUCUUGUGCAGAAGGAUACGGACUUGUUGCGGAUUGUACUGUGAGCUUGUAUAGUGAUGUGAUGUUUAUUUUUAAUAUUUAUCAUACAUAUUAUAUAAUGAAUCCAUGGUCUGCACUUUCAUUCAAACAACUAGAAGACACUGAAACUCGCAAUGUGCUGUGGUCACAUGUUUAGCCAUUUCACAGGUUGAGUGCCUAGCAAGUUAGAGAAAGCUGACAAUGUGCAAACUUUACUUUAUUAAUUGUUCUGCAGUCGUAAAAUUGGCUGACCGCCUGUUAAAGGCAAUGCUGAUUUUAGUUAACACGUGCUUAUUUGUUAGAUUUUUACUCUUACUUAUGUUUAGUUGCAGUGAAAGAUUUACACAAGUCAGAGGCUAAGGUUUCUAACUGUGGCCAUACAGGACGGGUCACUUUUUCAAUCGGCUCUAAAAUUAACAAGGAAAAAAUUAAAGAUGCUUGACAUACUACUAUAACUUUAAAGCUGUAGCGGGCACAGGCAUGGGGACUGCGCAUUUAGUUGCAAACAUGGCAAAGUUAUGAAGCCUUUUGAACUGUUCUCAUUUCAGUUACAAAGACUAAUUUGUGAUUAGCAGCGUGUCUUGCAGUAUGGCAUAUGCCUAAUGUGUGGGUUAAAGUGUAAUGGGUGCUGUAUGCUUCUUGGCAGACAUAUCUUUUGUUCAGGCUCUUUGGUUUGGCAAAGCAAUAUAAACAAGAAGUUCUACUCUUGAACUGCUUCAGUAAUGUGCCCUGUUUAGCCAAUGCAUGACUACAUUCUCAUGCCUGAUGCGAUUGUGUGUCUCGACUGAGCUCAUGAGAGUUUAUCGGUUUCUUCACUGAUGCACUUUAAUUUACACCUUUAUAAUGCUAACAGAGCCCAGUGAUGGUGAAGUCUUAAAAAAUGGGUCUGUGAAAAUGAACUAGUCAUGCAGCCAUUGUUACAUGACUAGUAGUUCUUUAAUGCAUGCACUACCAUUCAGGGGGUGUAUGUGUGCUGCAAUUUUUGCUGUGUUUAAGUGUAUUUUUGAGAAUAUGGUACUUUUGGUAACCUAUAGAAUUACACUGCAAAUUUCUGGCUCUUUAUAAAAUAGUGUUUAAAAUUCAUGUUGCAUUAUUUAUGUCCUUUCAUUAGACAUGCUCUCAAUCUCCUGUUUACACAUGUAGGAGGCUAUGCAAAUUUUAAAGGAGAGUGGAAUUUAUGACACUGAAACAGGCAAGAUUGUUUUAGGCCUGGUGUUAUAUUAUGAAUUGGAGUUGCGUUGGAAGGAAAAGCUUCUUGAAUAUGUUGUAAAUUACAUGAAACAUUCCUCUCGUAUGUGUUUGAUUUAAUAUUAUCGAGCUUUAUUGCUUGUAAGUAAUUGUCUAAACCUUAUUGCUUCAUUUUUAUGGCAGAUUAUCAUAGUGGUGUUACUCUUUUGUAUUUACUUGUUUCUGUGCUUUUUAAUCUUGCACUUGUUUCGUUGAAGCGUCAAAGGGGAAAGGAAAAUGAAUGAGCAGCUGCAAGCCUAACUCGGCUCUCUAAGGUUUUGCUGUGUCAUAUGCAGUAGUUACAUUAAUACUAAAGAGAAGUUAUAUUGGUAGAUUACAUGCCUGGAAUGCCAAGGUGGCCAGUCUUGUAGUGAGCAGCGGCUUGGUGAGUAGGAAAGAACGAAAAAACAAAUAACGAGAGAUGAGUGGUGAGGUCAACUUAGACUUCCUGCACUAGCUUUCUGUGAUGUCGAGGAUUUUGACAUUUCUUGGAGCCAGUUGUUCAUAAGUGAAGAAUGAUUGCAUUGAUUGAAAAGUAAGGAGAUGCACAUCCUGCAAACUCUUGAGAACUUCCGCUGUGCAGAAACUGCACAAAUGUGCUAAAAUAUAGUGAACUCCAUGAUGACACACUGACAUGCUUGAGCACACAAUCUACAAGGUGAAAUUUGGUUGUCGUUCUCCGUCAAUUAUGAACUUGAGUUUUAGCUCCCUCAAAUAGAGUUGCGAAAGAGUAGUCUACCAGGCUAAACUGAUUUAUUGUUACUGAAAAAUUUUGAAAAGAUCAUUUAAAAGAAAUCAAAACAGUCUUAUUGAGAGAAGCAAGUGGCAGUUGAAGUUGCUGUUUUGCUAAUGUACAAUUGCUUGACUUGAUAUGCCUGCGAGGUAAUGUCCAUUAGUAUACAGUAUGCCACAUUGGUGUUUUCAUGUGGUAUGGUCAUCUUCCCUGCUUUUGUAUGUAGCAGUGUUUAUUCUUCCAAGGAAAUUUCAGAAAAUUUCAUUGUCAAUAUAUUUUAGUAGAGUCUGCUGAGGGACUCUGAAGCUCCCAGAGGAAGAUUAUGACAAAGCUCAAUAAACUCUGCAUGCUUGCAGGAUAUUUAACAGAGUUUGGUUAACUCUGCUAGAAGCUCUUCCAGACUUAGUUAUGUUGUAUUUGGCCAUAAUUAAAUUCCCUUGUCUAUGACAAUGAGUUUGCGAGUUUCUCGUAAAGCAGUUGUUGCUUUGAGGUGUUAACCUAUGUGACAAAAUCAUUCAGUUCAAGAGUUAAGAACUUUCAUACCCCUCGUGUGCUGGUGUUCAUUGUGUGCCAAGUACCAGUGAACUCUCAUCUAUUCAUUCGAAGCUCCCCAUGGCCUGGCCAUGACUUCAUAUAAGAGAAUGUCAUACAAGAGAAGAACAAAAACAGUUGAGCUGUAAUCAAACAGAAUAAAAGACAAAAAUAAAAAAAAAUUGGACCCCUCUCAUAACCGUAUGAGAGUGGCUUGUAGUUACAUGGUGUUAUAUAAUCAGUUUUUCUAAAACUGAUAAGUUGAUAUAUUGAUUACAAAAGCUGUACCUUAUACAAUGGGCAGAAAUGAAAAUGUAAAAUUAAAUAAUAGAGAAGUAAAAAAAGCGA